AUGGUGACUACACGCGGUGCCACUGAUAAUGACCACAACAUCAAAAUCGCCGAUAUGGGUAAGAAAUCCGUUGCAAGAAAAGCUUCAAAAAAGAAAAAGGUGGUGUCAACCGGAGAAGCUUCAGUUCCUCCAUCUCCUAUACAUUUGAAUAAAAAGAGACAUGCAGAUGAUUUACCUCUGAAAUCGAAGAAACACAAAGGCAUUUCCAGAACUGAAUCCAAGAGAUCUCCUCCUAAGGGUUCACAUAGUCAGUUUUUGAAGGUUAAUUCCAUCAUUCUACUGGGUUUGACAAUGAAAUUUCAGGUUUUGAUUGGGUUAUUUUUGGGCAUUGUUUUGAGAGGAAUGUUAGAAGUUGGAUUUACAAAGUUGGCAAUGUUUCUUCUAUGGCAGUUUAAAGUAAACCGAGAAGAUCAUGUUCACUCGAAGAUUGAUACGCACAUGUCAUACGAUGUCAUUUCUGAUAUCAAAUCGACUCUGACUCCAGGUGAAUUGGAAAAGUUUAGACAAUCUUGCUUUGGCUACUUCCUUGAUAUUCCUAAGAUCAAAGUGCAAAAUCAGAUCAUACAUUGUUUAUUAUUGAGGGAGGUUGAGCAGCUAAACAAGUCUGAAUUGUGGUUCGAGGUUGGCGGUCAUAGGCUGAAAUUCGGAAUCGGCGAAUUUGCUUUGGUCUCGGGCUUAAAUUGUCAAGGUGACAACAGUAAGUAUGCUUAUUCAAAAGUUGAAAAUGGCAUUUUGGAUAAGUACUUCAGCGGGUUGCAAUCUGUUUCUAAACAGACCCUUCAGGAUUUUUUCAAAGCUAGGCGUUGGGAGUCGGAGGAGGAUGGGUUUAAGAUAGCAUUUAUGCAUUUUUUGCAUAACUUCUUGCUUGCUUCAUCGAGGACUGCUCGUAUCCCUUUGAAGGACUUUGACGUAGUUGAUUCGGCUGAUUUGAACGACUAUCCAUGGGGUAUUGACGUUUUCAAGUACACGUUUGAUUCUUUGUCGAAAAGAGCUGUUCUUAGUCCGGGAUCUCUUAUUAUUGAAGACAACAUUUACCAGUAUCGCCUUCAAGGUUUCCCAUAUGCACUGGUAUGUUGGUUCUACGAGUGUUGCCCGACGGUGGAAAAUACCUUUGCUCAGCUAGUGAACAAAGCUGCUAUCCCGCGGAUUCUGAGGUGGCAAGCAUUCAUUCCUGCAAAAUACAUUGAUGUUGACAGAGAUUUAUUUGUUGAGAUUGCAUCCGACGAGAUGAUUUUCCGAUCGAUUGUUCCAACCUCGGUAAAGAGGAAUGCCCUUCAUCUAGGUGACUUAUUCAAAAAAAUUAAGGGAAACGAGGAGGGUUAUUGUCCGGCAUUUCAUAUAUUGAAGGACGGUGAAUCAACGUCGAACACUUCGGAUCUAAAUAUUGUGGAAGAGAAGCUGGAAAUUUUGAUGGCUGUUGUCAAUUCAUUGAAUGCAAGGCUAACUCUUAAUGGUGAUUCUAAAACGGUUGAAAUUGAGAAACAAGAUGUUUCCGAUGGCUUGCAGACAAGGGUGGACAAAGAAAAAAAGGUUGUUCUUCCUGCAGAGGAGAUUUCAAAGAAACCAAGUAAAAAUGGUACUUCUAUAGUAACGGAACGAGAAGAAAGGGAUGGAAGGGAGUCUGCUGUUCCUGUUUCUGCUGAUACUAAAGCUACUUCCAGCAGAAAAAGGGAUGGUAGGGAGUCUGCUGAUGAAGAAGAAGGUGCUGAAAAAAUCGAAUUGGAAGAUUUGGUUUGCGAGAAGGCUGUACUUGAAGGCAAGGAUGACCGUGGUGAACCUUGUGUUCUUGUUUUUUCCGAACACGUUGAUGUUAUCUCUCCGACUUUUGAGGUUUCGCGACAAAGCGAGGUGAAUUUAAAAUCUCCAGCAGAUGACACCAUUAAUCAGAUUAAAAAAAAUGCAAGUGAAUCUAUUGCUGAAUUCAAAUCAAAGGAGUCUGGUCCUUCUUCAAGCCGCAUCAUACCGACGCAAACUGGUUGUAAAGUCCGUAUUUUUCCAUUUGAUGCUAAUCACAUUUUAUUUAGUGAUGCCACCAAACAAGACAUCAUUCAUAAUUGGCUGGAAGAAGGACGUCCUAAAGGCACCAAGAUUGACAACUUCCAUCCCCGUCUUUCUCUUGGCGUGGUUGACAUUCAAACGAAAUCCUGGUUUUACCAUCUCUACCACGUUGGAAAGCCUAUUGAGUGUUCUCAUGUAGAUGUUCUCUUUUAUUACCUGAGAAAGAAAAUGAAAUAUGGAUAUGCUGCAAACAAUAGAUGUAUGUCUACUGAUAAUUUUUUUGAUCGGCGUAUUCAAACUCUAUACACAGCAUACAUGAAAAAGCAAGAUGUGUCACUUGUUUCUUCGAAACAUACAGUGGUUGUCUACAUUAAAGGUUGUGUUAUGCGUUGCAAUACAAAGUGGGCUAAUGUUGACGAUGUUUUUUUUCCGAUCAAUUGUGUUAGCGAUUUGCAUUGGAUUUCCGCUCGCCUGAAUUUCAAGGAACGAUGCAUCUAUAUCUACAAUUCGUUGAGGUCGGCGCAAUAUGACAGAUCAGCAACUGAAUAUGUUACCUGCUACAGUGUGUUGCUUCCACUAUUCCUUCAAGCUACCAAUUUUUAUGAUUCUCGAGAUGAGAUCGAUACUACUGCCGGUGCUUACGAGGGAAAGAGAAUAACAGAUCCUGAUUGUGGAGUUCAUAUGUUUUCCGCUGCUGAGUUCUUUGUUGAUGGGAAAGUUAUGGGGCAUGAUUAUGAUGUCAAAGAACACCGUGCUCGUUACGCUUUGUCAUUAUAUUUGUAUGCUCGUUGGAAGGAAAGCUUUUCAUGUGUUAGUGAAGAUGAGGGUCCUUUUAAACUCAAGAGAAGAUCUGCCUAG